UAUUAUUAUACGCUAGUUUAUGUGUCAUGACUUUAGCUCAGAGUUGCGUUUUCAAACUCCAAAAUGCGGCGUUACAUUCGUGCACUAAUGUUGUGCACGGUGUUUGCCGUGUUUUCGGGCUUGUAUGUUUACAGUAAACUGUUUUACUCGGACGUGUCGCUCGGUGGAGACGGACCGAAGACGAGGGUUUUCAUCCCACCGAGAGUCCCCGGAGGCAGGCGAGGGGCCGUGGACAAAACUGGGCCCCAAAGCCCACACUGGUACAAUAGGACUCUGGAAUUCACUUAUGACAUCUGUCCGACUCUCCAUCCUGUCACUCAGGUACAUCAUGCGUCAGCGGGGUCAGGUGGAGGCAGGUGGUGGCAGCGUAAAGAGCAGGCCUGAACCUCCCAUGCACCUGGCCGUGGUGGCCUGUGGGGAGAGACUGGAAGAGACUCUCACCAUGAUCAAGUCAGCUGUGCUUUUCAGCAUCAAACACCUCCACCUGCACAUCUUCGCUGAAGAUCAGCUACACACCAGUUUCAUAGAAGCUUUGGAGUCGUGGCCUGGUUUUAUUCGCUUCAGUUUCAACUACACAGUCUACUCCAUCAGCUUCCCCAGUGAGAACGCAGCCGAGUGGAAGAAACUCUUCAAACCCUGUGCUUCUCAGAGGCUCUUCUUACCUCUGAUCCUGAAGGACGUUGACUCGGUCGUGUAUGUCGACUCAGACAUCCUGUUCCUGCAGCCUGUAGACCGCCUGUGGGCGUUCCUGUCCCACUUUAAUUCCUCCCAGCUGGCUGCGAUGGCCCCGGAGCAUGAGGAGCCCCGUAUCGCCUGGUACAACCGCUUCGCCCGCCAUCCCUUCUACGGCAGGACGGGCAUCAACUCGGGGGUUAUGCUCAUGAACAUGACCAGGAUGAGGAACAUGUUCUUUAAGAAUGACAUGACGUCUGUGGGUCUGCGUUGGGAGGAGCUGCUGAUGCCUCUACUUCAGAAAUACAAACUCAACAUAACCUGGGGAGACCAGGACCUUCUCAAUAUCAUUUUCCACCACAACCCUGAGUGCUUGCUGGAGUUUCCGUGCCAGUGGAAUUAUCGUCCAGAUCAUUGCAUCUAUGGCAGUAACUGUGCGUCAGCUGAAGAAGAUGGCAUCUACAUACUGCACGGAAACAGAGGAGUUUACCACGACCACAAACAACCUGCCUUCAGGGCCGUUUACGAGGCAAUACGAAAGUACUCUUUCGGCGCAGACCCAACGACUUCUUUGUUGGAUCCGCUACAAGAGGAGCUGUUGAAGACGACGCACACUUAUUGUGGUAAAUCCCACGCGCUGCUCACCCAGAGACUGGCACACAGCCUGGCAAACAUCAACAGGAAGGCCCCGCGUGGACGGUGACAAAGCUGAAUGAUGGGACGGAGGCCAAAAGAGGAAACUGCCCAAACCUUCACAAGCUUGGACAGAAAGACUUGAUUGUGACUUGGACGUACUUACGUGUCCUUGAGCAAGAAACUGGACGCGAACAUGUUUUUACCUGGCAAACUGUUCAACAACAAUGAACCCGAGUUGUCCAAAGAUGCUUAAACUACUUUGUGGACAACGAAUGAGCGGAGCUUUUAGAUCAUUUUGGUAAACAGCUGCUCCGUACACCAGUUGGGAUUGUCUCAAACUGAGACCAAUAACUGCUCGUUAUUCAAAAAGUUGCUCUGGAUAAGAGCGUGAUGUAAAUGCCUGAAAUCUACUGUAUGUGUUGUGAAGACCAGUUGGCCUUGUAGCAAAGUAUCUAACUUAUCAGAGAAAAAUAUUUACUACAAAUGGACACCUGGACUUUUUUUUCCCCUCCAGGUGUUUUUCCUAUCUGUUUUUUAAAAACCAGCGAGCAUCUCGUCUCUUCCGUGUAAUAAAGUUCUCCUUUCAGUGCCUUCGGUUACUGACUAAAGGUGAAGAAUCCUCACGGUGCAAAAUAAAAGUUUGGAAGAGUAGCUCUUGACUUUCCAUAUUGGAGAAUUUAUUGAACCUUGUAAAACCCUCUUAUUAAAAGAGACAAAAGAGUAAUGUCAGAACUGGAAAAGGCUUUCAGCAGGGCCCAUUUUAAAAGAUGUAUGCACUGGACCACUUUUUCAACCACCCAGAAACCACUUCAGUACCAACAAGAGGGAAGAGAAGUCGUUUCAGACAACAUGGAAUCAUUUCUGAGUUUGUAAUGUGAUUAUGUAAUCAAUUUCGGGAAUAGUUCUUCACACGGAACCUCUAUCAGAGUACUGUCUUCCUGAGUGUUUGUCCUAUUCUAUGUUAUUUUAUCUGUUACACGGGUUACCUUGACCCCAAAUAAAACAAGCAAAAUCGUCAAAGGUCCUUUUGAUGAUGUUGAUGUUUCGUGACGACAGGUCAUGUGACUCGGCGUUGUGUAUUUUAUGUUACUUUGAACAGGCAUGUUUCUAUCUUUUCUUUUUUUAAAUGACAUGUUAUGUCAAUCUAGACACGAUGAUAUGCAAAAAAUCCUGUUAAAUUAGAUUAUGAUACACCGUACAGCCAGCAUACAGUUGCUAUUGAACAUGUGAAUACGCUACAAGUUCUUCUCCUGAUGCCAAAGCAUUUCUUUUUAUCACUAUGAUUAUGGGUUUUGCACCGUUGAAUGUAUUUUGAACAUUAAGGGUUCAAAUCAAAAUGUUAUUAUCAGUGCUUAUGUUGAUUCAUGUUCAUUUGUGACAUGUUUACUUGUAUGUCAUGUGUUUUUGUUUUGUAUUUUUGUUUUGUUUUUACAAUAAAGACUAUUUG